AACAAUACGCGGUUCCUGUAUCUCGUGUCUCUUAUCUCGUUUCCCCGUAAUCUCAUCACUGUCAUCGACAAACUUGUUGCUUCUUGUCAACUGAGAAGGCGGAUAAGAUUAAAUCUCGCGAUAGGUGUGGCCAGGGUUAGAGCAUUUCCCCACCGAGAGGACGGACCCUCGGCAUUAACCUCCUGCACUGAUUCUGUCCGCUAGUAUUCCGGGUUAGCCAUGCUAGCCGACAACAGCUAAUCACCCUCUACCAGCAGCAGCAGGAGAACCAGGGGACACUUGAACAUGGCCGAGCUGGAGCCGACCGAAGCCGAGCAGACCGCCUGCAGAGUGGAGGAAACCAGGGAGAGGUUCAGGACUGAACUCCUGCAAGAUUCGCCAGACAAGUACGAUUCCAGGGACGUGGACCGACUGCUGAAGGAUGACGCCUUGGUGGACAGCUACCUGACGUGGAGGCACUUUGUGAUCGACGAUGCCUUGAAGAUGAUUGACGAGAGUUUCCAGUGGCGGAAAGAGCUGGGGCUGAACGAUCUCACGGAGAGCAGCAUUCCCCGAUGGAUGUUUGACACCGGCGCCGUCUUUCUCCACGGCUACGAUAAGGAAGGCAACAAACUCUUCUGGUUCAAGGUGAAGCUCCACGUGAAGGACACUAAGACCGUGGUGGACAAGAAGAAGUACGUGGCGUUCUGGCUGGAGCGCUACGCCGUCAGGGAGCCCGGCAUGCAGCUCACCGUGGUGUUCGACAUGUGUGAGUCGGGCCUGGGCAACAUCGACAUGGACUUUGUGAAGUACAUCAUCAAUUGCUUCAAGAUCUACUACCCAAAGUUCCUCUCCAAAAUGAUUAUCGUGGAUAUGCCCUGGAUCAUGAACGCGGCCUGGAAGAUCGUGAAGACCUGGCUAGGCCCCGAGGCCGUCAGCAAGCUGAAGUUCUCCUCCAGGUCUGAGGUGCAGACCUUCAUCGACCCCGAGUACCUGCCGCUACACAUGGGGGGAACGGACCCCUUCAAGUACAGCUACCCCCCCCUCCCUGACGAGGACUUCCUCACGCCCGUCAUGGAGAAUGGACCAAUCGUGAGCGAGGAUGACGUGGAGAGCAAGGAGGGCCAAUCAGAGGUGAAGGAGACUCUGGAGGCCAGCUUCAACUCAGAGGACUCCAAAAAGAGCAAAAAGGUGAACUUCCUGGAGGACAGCCUGCGAUCGGAGGAUGGAGAUAAGGGGGACGCGGCGGGACGCACCAGGGGGGUCCCCAAACCCCUGACCACCUUCAAGGGCCCCCUGCUGCACGUGAGCCCGGCAGAAGAGCUCAGCUUCGGCUCCAAGGACACGGAGAAGAAAUGCCUCAUUAUCCUCUUCAACGUGACCAAGAACCAAGUGGCCUUCAAGGUGCGGACCACCGCCCCGGAGAAGUACCGUGUGAAGCCCAGCAGCAGCAGCUGUGAGGCGGGCGCCUCGGUGGAGAUCCUGGUGUCUCUGCAUGGAGGCUACACGGCCUCUCUUCAGGAUCGCUUCCUGGUCAUGGCGGCAGAGAUGGAAAACAACGGAACCCAAGACCUCGCCCAGUUCUGGAAGGAGGUCCCCAGAGCGAACAUCGUGGAGCACAGAUUACGCUGUCACGUCAUGGAGAGCGCUAAGCCGCCGCUGAGCCCCCCGGGGGACGGCCCCCCGGAGACGGGAGCCAAUGGGCAGCAGGACCUGAGCACCACGCUGAUGCGGGUGAUGGCGUCCAACGCGCGCCUGGAGCAGAAGCUGGACUCCUGCCUGUGGGUGCAGAAGGUCCUGCUGGGGCUGAUGGUGCUGCUGCUGGCCCUCAUCGUCCAGGUGCUGUACCGGGACGGGCCCCCAGAACAGGGCUCCUGACACCCCCCUCCCCGACCUGGGACCCCCGCACCGCACCCCCCCCGACCCGGGACCCUAUAUUGGGGGUCCCUAGUGGGGGGCCUGGAGAGAUCAGCGGGAGAGAGACGGACCAGACCAGACUAGAGCUGGACCACUGUGUCCCUCUCUCUCGGUCGCCUUCUGUCUGUCCCUCUCUCUCUCUCCUGCUCCCUUGCUCUCUCUCUCUCUCACUCUCUCUCUCUCUCUCUCUCUCUCUCUGAUGCCGUUGUCAUGGCAAAGAGGGAGGAGGGCUUGUGUCGGCAGACAGGAAACACAGCAACAUUCUGUAUCAGUGGCGUCAGCGGGACCCUGAGGGUGAGACCGGUUCCGGGUGAAGAGACGGUCGCCCUGCACUGUGACACGGGAUCAGUAGAAGUUAGGUUUUUAUAAAGGAAUGGUCCGGAAGUUUCAAAGAGUCUAUUGUUAGCAAAAAAACAACUGAAAAAGCUCAGAAGAAGAAAUAUGUAGUCAUUUUAUUAUACGGUCAUACUGUACAUUAUUGUAUUUUAAAUAGGGAUACAUAUCUAUAAUAAAAUAAUGUGAUUUUUUA